AUGCUGCCGCGGCUGCUCGUCUUCUUGCUCGCCGCCGUCAUCGUCGUGCCAAGGAGUGCCUCUGCGAUCACCCGGCGUGACUUCCCGGAGGGGUUCGUCUUCGGCGCAGGGUCCUCGGCUUUCCAGGUGGAAGGGGCAGCUGCAGAGGAUGGAAGAACACCCAGCAUUUGGGACACCUUCACCCAUGAAGGUUUUUCGUACGAUGGGUCCACUGCAGAUAUUUCAGCAGAUCAGUAUCACCAUUACAAGGAAGAUGUGAAGCUUAUGCAUGAGAUGGGUUUGGAUGCUUACAGAUUCUCCAUUGCUUGGCCAAGGCUGAUUCCAGCCGGGAGAGGAAAGAUCAACCCAAAAGGCUUGGAAUACUACAACAAUCUCAUAGAUGAACUGAUACUGCACGGGAUUCAGCCUCAUGCCACCAUCUACCAUUUCGAUCUUCCUCAGGUCCUUCAGGAUGAAUAUGCCGGACUUCUCAGCUCCAGAUUUAUAGAAGAUUACCUUGCUUUUGCAGAAGUCUGCUUUAGGAGCUUCGGUGACAGGGUGAAGCACUGGGUCACCCUGAACGAGCCCAACAUAGAGCCCAUCGGCGCCUUUGACACGGGCACCGAGCCCCCACGGCGGUGCUCCUACCCCUUCGGUGAGAACUGCACCGGCGGGAACUCGUCGACGGAGCCGUACAUUGCCGCGCACCACCUCCUCCUUGCACACGCCGCUGCAGUGUCCUUGUACAGAGACAAGUACAAGGCAAGUCAGGGAGGCCAGAUAGGGAUCACUCUCCUGGGCUGGUGGCACGAGCCUGCCACCGACACGCCGCAGGACGCAGCUGCUGCAGCGAGGAUGAAUGACUUCCAUAUCGGAUGGUUCAUGCAUCCGUUGGUGUACGGAGACUACCCGCCGGUGAUGAGGAGCAGGGUGGGCGAUCGGCUGCCGGCAUUAUCCGCGGAGGACUCUGCGAAACUGCGCGGGUCCUUCGACUUCGUCGGCUUCAACCACUACCUCAUCCUACGAGUCCGUUCGUCGCCCGAGAAGAAGAAGGAUUCCGGACAUAGAUUGGGGGACUACUACGUUGAUGCGGCCGUUCAGAAUCCACUUGUGGCCAUUGCGGAGGGCCGGAUCGAAUCUCCUCCGUGGGCGCUGGGGAAGCUGCUGGAGCACCUGAGGCUCAACUACGGGAACCCUCCGGUCAUGAUCCAUGAAAACGGACUAGGAGACGCCCCCGACACGCCGAGCGCGAUCGAGUACGACGACGGGGCCAGGAUCGAGUUCCUGCAGGACUACCUGGAGGUUCUGUACCUCUCCAUACGGAACGGGUCGGACGCGCGGGGCUACUUCGUGUGGUCGUUCCUGGAUGUGUUCGAGUUCAUCUUCGCCUACAGGAUGCGCUUCGGCCUGUGCGGCGUCGACAUGAACGCCGAGGCGCGCACGCGCUACGUGCGGAGCUCCGCGCGCUGGUACGCCGGCUUCCUCCGCGGCGGCGAGCUCCGGCCGCCGCCAGCCGCCGCUCCCGACGACGUCAGGCCGUACGCCGCGUGA